CGCAAACCGAACGGACCCUGACGCGCACGCGGGCACGCACGCACACUGCGAUAGGACCACCCCCGACCACUGGAGGAAGCGAACCCGGCUGGCGAGCAUGUAGACGCGGCUGUGUUUCGCCGGAGAUGGGCCGUGAAGAAGCCGGCGGGGGAUAAAGGCUGCUAGCAGCGCAUCGCCACAUCCGAGCAUGGGUCGACUGCGGAGGCGAGCUUGCGUGGCUCUCUUUCUCUUCACGCUCUUCCUCUUCGGAGCCAUGAUGGCACUCCGGACCCUCAAAGCCGGGGACGGCUUGUCGGAUCUGGCUCCCAACACGCCGGAUCGGCGCUCCGUGCAGCGGACCUCCUCGUCCUCCUCGCCGGGCCGCCAGCGCACUAAAGCGGCUGCGGUGUCCAACGCGGGCCCGGAGGGGCGCAUCUUCGACGACGUGCACAUCUUCUACUACGUGUGGUACGGAACCCCGCGGGCGGACGGCAAGUUCGUGCACUGGGACCACGUCCUGGUGCCGCACUGGGACCCGAAGAUCGCGUCCAGUUACCCGCGGGGGAGGCACAUGGCGCCCGAGGACAUCGGCUCCAGCUUCUACCCAGAGCUCGGCCCGUACAGCUCCAGGGACCCGGACGUGCUGGAGUCCCACAUGGAGCAGAUCGCGACGUCGGCGGCAGGGGUUCUGGUGCUGUCCUGGUAUCCUCCCGGCAUGGCUGAUGACAACGGGGAACCCACUGAAGACUUUGUACCAGCCAUAUUGGAUGCUGCAUAUCGACACAAUCUCAAGGUCGCAUUUCACAUCCAACCAUACAGAGGACGGAAUGAACAGAGUGUGCUUGACAACGUCAAGUACAUCAUUGACAGGUACAGUGACCAUGCCGCCUUCUACAAGUUCACGUCGAGCACCGGGAAGAGCCUCCCUCUGUUCUACAUCUACGACUCGUACCUGACGCCUGCCGAGUCCUGGUCCCAGCUGCUGGCGCCGGGAAGCACCCGCAGCCUGCGCGGCUCGGCUUACGACGGCAUCUUCGUCGCACUGAUCGUGGAGGAGCGCCACAAGCAGGAUAUCGUGUCUGGCGGCUUCGACGGCAUGUACACGUACUUCGCGUCCAACGGCUUCUCCUUCGGCUCGUCGCACCAGAACUGGAAGGUGCUCAAGGCUUUCUGCGACGACAAUGACCUCCUGUUCGUUCCCAGCGUAGGGCCGGGCUAUGUAGACACCAGCGUGCGGCCUUGGAACAGCCACAGCACCCGCAACCGCGUCAAUGGCCGCUACUACGAGACGGCCCUGCAGGCGGCGUUGGACGUGCGGCCGGAGGUACUUGCCAUUACGUCGUUCAACGAGUGGCACGAGGGCACGCAGAUCGAGAGGGCCGUCCCUAAGAAGACGGCCACCAGGGUCUACUUGGACUACCGGCCGCACGGGCCCCAGCACUACCUGGAGCUGACUAGACACUGGGCCGAGAAGUUCAACAAGGAGAAAGAGCAGUGGCUCAUGUGAGGAUUCCAACGCCACGCAGUUUAACGAAUGGGUUAAAAGGGACGUGAGUGGAGAGACCUGAACCUUUUUAGUAGAAAAUCAUACGAAACGUUUAAGCUCUAGUAAGUUAAGUCGCUUGCACAUUGUAUGUUUUUUUUCCUUCUUGAUUUAAAAAAAUAUAUAUAUUUAGGUUUUUUCUUUGUUUUUAAUCCUUUUUUUUGUUUUAAAAAAAAGUGUUUUUUGUAACUUUUUUUGCAUUUUUUUCCAUUUUAUUAGUUUAGUUUCCAUUAGUUUUAUAUAAUUUUUUCUUUUGAUUAUAUUAUAUCAGUUUUAAUAUUUAAUUUGGUUUAUUUUUAGUUUACAUUUUAGUUUGUUUGUACUAGUUGUAUUUAUUUUCUUUUAGUAUUAGUAGUUUUAUAUAGUUUUUUUUACUUUUUAUUUUAUUAAUUUUAUCCAUAUCUUUAGUUUUUUACAAAUUUAGUUUUGCAUUUUAUACAUUUUAUUUUUAUUUGCUUUUUAUUAUUAUUUUCUGUUUUAUUUUGUAAAUGUUUUUAGUUUUAUGUGUUAGUUUUCCUUUUUGUUUAAUAUUUACUUUUUCUUUUUAAUUUUUAUUAUUUUAUAUAUUUUCUUUCCCCCCUGGUUUCUUCACUCAUCAAACACUGCGAGAUUUGUGCUUGUUGGCCUCGUAUUAAAAGCAUCAACAAAUGUCGGCCCGGGGGGGGAAUUGUCGGAUCCGAUUGCUUGUCGUGGGCUACUUCCCGUUUGGCGUUACUAAUAGAGACGGUACUAUUUUGUUCAUUGCAAGACUUUUUAGGGCUGUAUCCUGCCCACUAACUGACCACCAGAUAUCAAACAGUAUCACGUUUUCUACUCACUGCAAAUUUUUCGUACGUAGUCCUACUCAAUUGUCGUGAGAACAUAACAUCUGGAAAUGUCAUUAGAACUAUUACAGCCUUGUAACUGAUACCUGUAUAUACAAUAUAACAAUUCUAAUGAAAUAAUCAUCCUACUCGCUUCGUUGCUCACAAAAUCUUUUUCAGGUCUAAGGAAAAGCAGGUUUUUUGUUGCAGGACAGACAAGUGUUUAGUCCUUGUGGACUGGUUUUAUGACCCCCCCGCCCCCCAAAAAACCUGUAUAUUUAAAAAAAACAAAAAAAAAAAAUUCCCAGUUGCUACGUAAAGGCUCUUCCAGAGGGGAAUUUUGUUAACACUGUGUUUUAACACUGUAUGUGUGCGCACGUGCGGUCAAAACUUGAUGCCUGAUUUGACUUCCAACUAGAGUAAGCAUCCAGAUACGUGACAAAUUAGAAAUUCAUUAAAAUGAAUAUCAGCUUUUAUUGUACAUGAGUAACAGGUUGUUUGCAGGCAUGCAGAAUAAAUCCAUUCAAUCAAGGUCCCCUUGAUUAUUUUUUAUGGUUAUAUAAUAAAAAUCUA